AUUUGAUUUCAGCGAUCGAUUACAUACUCUUUGCUACUUAUAAAAGAUGGAGAAGUAAUGUGAUGAACAAAUAUUUCCGUCUUGCAGAUUUCAUAUCCCCAUUGAUACGGUAGAUUAAUUUCAUUCCAUCAUCAGGAUGUUGAAGCCCGAAAUCCUACUCCUAUGGUUCUUCCUCCUCCUCCUCCUCGGGCCCGAACUUCGGUUUUCCGGCGCCGACAUUGGCACCGCCAGCCAGUACGCCCCUCCGUAUAUUCCCACCGCGUGUUACGGUAGCGACAUGUCGCAGUUCCCGACGAGCAGUCUCUUCGCCGCCGCAGGAGAGGGGAUAUGGGACAAUGGCGCUGCGUGCGGGCGGCAGUAUUUGGUGAAGUGCAUCAGCGCGCAGGUGCCGAAGACGUGCGUGGAGGGGCAGACCAUCCAAGUGAAGAUCGUGGAUCGGGCCCUAACCUCGGUUUCCCCGCCGUCUAGGGCGGGGAGCAGCCUGGUGUUGUCCAACAUAGCUUUCGAGACAAUAGCGCAAAAUGCGGUUCCUUACUUGAACGUCGAAUUUCAACAGCUUUGAAUUGGAUUGGGCACAGACGAAUUGAAGCUGACAGUGUUGAUUAUUAUUGAAAAAGCUGAGGAGAAAGGCUAAUUCUAUUGUUCUGUUGUGCUUUAGAUACAAAUUAAAUAGUAUGUCUUAACUCUCUCUUUCAAGUUGUUUCAUUCAUUUUUCAAGGAGUUGGAACAUUCCAAGUGUGGACAACUUCAAAUAUUGCAACUAU